CCUCGGCCUGGGGCAGGCGGGUGGGACCACAGCUCGGCGACCCCCGGUGGUGGCCUGAACCCCUGGGCCGGUUGCUAGAGAUGCUCUUCCUCUCGUUUCAUGCAGGCUCCUGGGAAAGCUGGUGCGGCGGCUGUUGCUGCUGCCGCUGCCUGAUUGCAGCCGACAGACCUUGGCCCCAGGGCCGGCGCUGGCAGCUGGAGAUGGCGGACACCAGGUCUGUGCACGAAACCAGGUUCGAGGCAGCGGUCAAGGUGAUCCAGAGUUUGCCGAAAAAUGGUUCAUUCCAACCAACAAAUGAAAUGAUGCUUAAGUUUUAUAGCUUUUAUAAGCAAGCCACAGAAGGACCCUGUAAACUCACAAGGCCUGGAUUCUGGGAUCCGAUUGGAAGAUAUAAAUGGGACGCUUGGAGUUCAUUGGGUGAUAUGACCAAAGAGGAGGCCAUGAUUGCAUAUGUAGAGGAAAUGAAAAAGAUUCUUGAAACUAUGCCAAUGACUGAGAAAGUUGAAGAGUUGCUGCGUGUCAUAGGUCCAUUUUAUGAAAUUGUAGAGGACAAAAAGAGUGGCAGAAGUUCCGAUUUAACUUCAGAUCUUGGUAAUGUUCUUACUUCUACUCCAAAUGCCAAAACUGUUAAUGGUAAAGCUGAAAGCAGUGAUAGUGGAGCUGAGUCUGAGGAAGAAGAGGCACAAGAGGAAGCAAAAGGAGCAGAACAAAGUGAUAAUGAUAAGAAAACAAUGAGAAAAUCUGGAGACCACAAGAAUUUGGAAAUCAUUGUCACAAAUGGGUAUGAUAAAGACAGCCUGGUUCAGGGUUUGCAGAAUGACAUCCAUGCCACUUCUCUGAAAAGCAAUAGUGUUCAUGAAGUAAAACCCAUUGACCAAAACUUGGAGCAAACUGGAAAAAAUGUUGUCUUCACGCACCAAGAUGUAAAUGAUGAUUAUGUCGAAGACAUUUCAGGACUUCAGCAUUUAACGAGUGAUUCAGACAGUGAAAUAUACUGUGAUUCCAUGGAGCAAUUUGGACAAGAAGAGGCCUUGGAGAGCUCCGCCUCAAAUAGUGGGGCAUUUCAAUACUACUUGAGUGGUGAUCUCCAUCAGCCCUUGGAAAGUUCUAGUUUUCCGGAAGACAUUCAAGUAGCUCCUGAAAAUGGCAAGUUUGGGGACAUGCAGGUGGCGGCAGUUGAAAGAAAAGGUGAAGUGAAGCACGGAGGAGAAGAUGGCAGAAGUAACAGUGGUGCACCACACCGGGAGAAGAGGGCUGGAGAAAGUGAGGAGUUCUCCAAUGUCAGGAGAGGGAGAGGGCAUAGGAUGCAAUAUUUGAGCGAAGGAUCCAAGGGUCGGCAAGUGGGAAGCGGUGGUGAUGGUGAGCGCUGGGGCUCAGACAGAGGGUCCCGAGGCAGCCUCAAUGAGCAGAUUGCUCUUGUGCUCAUUCGGUUGCAGGAGGACAUGCAGAAUGUCCUGCAGAGGCUUCAUAAACUGGAAAUUAUGGCUGCUACCCAGAAAACUAAACUGAAGAAAAUGGUAUGUUAUUCAAGAAGACUAUUGGGCCUGGAAGAUUCUGGAGUGAAUUGGAUUGUGGAGUUCACAAGAAAAUUCUUAGUUUGUGAUGAUUACAUUUCUUUUUGUGGUCUAGUAGUUUGGUUUGUGUACAUAUAUAUACACAUAUAUAUAUUUUGCACUACACAGAUGAUAACAUUUUAAGGACUAACGUCGUUGAUACUUGAAUAAUCAAUCUCACCUAGCUUAUAAGUGGCCAUCCUAGAUUUUCCCUGCCUUUGAACUUGAAGAACAUUAAAUUAUUAAUUAUUGUUCGGUAAUAUGUUUACCUGAUUAUCUCCAAUAGAGAAAUAGAAGCUGCUUUUCUAAGGUAUAGCUGAAAUAAUGAGAUCAGACUUAUAACUGGACAUUUAAAUUUCUAAAUUAAAUAUGAGAAGGAACACAAAACAAAAUUUUGAACCAGAUGUUAAAUCUGAUUUGUAUCUUAACCAUUGAAUUGCUAUGUCAAAUAGUAGAAAAUUGCUGGAAAAGUCUUUUUCACACCACUUUGUGGGCUGCCCAUUUCCUUUUUUGGGCAUUUGGAGCUCUAGUCAGAACUCAAGAAUUAUUACAAACUAGAGCCUAAUAUACUAUGCUUAUUUUUUUCAAGUGAUAUACAAAAUAGGAAUGACUAAUUGGUAGAAAUGAAGAAUGGACUUGAAAUAGUUGAAAGUGUAUCCUGAGCCUGUAGAUCAUAAAUAAGAUUUGUAUUCAAUCAUAAACACUUAUUCCUUUGGAAUCAUUUUAGCUAUAGAUAUCAUG